AUGUCGACAAACGGUAAUGCUAAUCACCACGAGCAAUACGCUGCUACCGGCCCAACCACCACAGAGUCGACUCCCCAGAUCGAGAACUCGCAGAGCGACCUCCCCAAGGAUGAGAUUGGCUGGUACUUUGUUGAGCAAUACUACACAACCCUGAGCAAGAACCCCAACAAGCUUCACCUUUUCUACGGCAAGAAGUCUCAGUUCGUCGCCGGUGCCGAGGCUGAGGUCACCACUGUCUGCGUCAACAGACCUAACAUCCAAGAGCGCAUCAAGCAGUUGGACUUUGAGGAUUCCAAGGUCCGCAUCUCCAACGUCGACUCCCAAGGGUCUGCCGAGAACAUCCUCAUCCAGGUCAUUGGUGAGAUCUCCAGCAAGGGUGCCGAGCCCCGCAAGUUCGUCCAGUCCUUCGUCCUUGCCAAGCAGCCCUCGGGUUACUUUGUCCUCAACGACAUCCUGAGAUAUAUCGUCGAUGAGCCCGUUGAGGAGACUGAGGCCGCCGCUGAGGCUCCAGUAGAGGCCCCUGCUGCCACCGAGGCUGCCCCAGCCGUCGAGGCCGAGGCCGAGCCCGCCGCCGAGCCUGAGGUUCCUGUCGAGGAGCCUGUCGCUGAGGAGAAGGAGCCAGCUGAGUUGGACACCGCCGCUAUCUCUCAGAAGCUUGAGGAGGCUGCUGAGGAAGCCCCCGCUCCCGCUGCCGCCGAGGCUCCUGCUCCCGAGCCUGUUGUCGAGACCCAAGAACCAGUUGUUGAGGAGAAGACUGAGACCCAGCCCACCCCCGAGAAGGUCGUCGAGGAAGUUGCCGAGGAGGCGGCUGCGAAGCCCGAGGAGCCCAAGGAUCCCGCACCGACCCCCGCGGCUCCUGCCACUGCUGCUCCUGUUGCCGCUCCCGCGCCUGCGAAGCCCCCCAAGCCCCAGCAGCCCCCCAAGCCCAUGACCUGGGCUAGUCGCCUGGCUGCUUCUGCUGCUGCCGCGGCUCCCAAGCCUGUCAUUCCCAAGGUUGCGACUCCUCCUGCUGCUGCUCAGGCGCGUGCUCCUGUUCCUGCUCAGGCCCCUACUACCGCUCCUCAGUCCACAGAGGCCGCCCCUGUCGCCCCCAAGGAUCAGGGUAGCGAGUGGCAGACCGCUGAGACCAAGCGUCAGAGCCGCGCUCAGCCUGCCGCUGCCGCUACUCAGACCGAGAAGGAGGGAACCCUUGCCUAUAUCAAAUUUGUUACUGAUAAGGUGAAGGAGGCCGAUCUCAAGGCCACCCUGGAGGCUUUCGGUGAGGUCGUGUACUUCGACAUCAACCGUACCAAGAACUGCGCCUUCGUCGAGUUCAAGACCCCGGCCGGUUACAAUGCUGCUGCCGCUGCCAACCCCCACACUGUGAACGGCGAGAACAUCGUCGUUGAGCCCCGUCGUCCCAAGUCGAACGCUUAUGGCGGUGCCGGCUACCCCGCUCGUGGUGGUGCCACCGGUGGCCGUGGUAGCCGCGGCGGGUACGAGUCUCAGCGCAGCGGCAGCCAAGGCGGCGGCCGUGGUGGCUUCACUGGACAGGGCCGUGGUGGUCGCGGCGGUGCCCCUCGCGGACGCGGCGCUUCCCAGGCCAACGCCUAG